CCGGGAGACAAACACUCCCCGCCGGUGACCGGGCUCAGGCAGAGAGACACAGCAUUCCCCGUGACUACACAGCCAGGGUAUGUCGUGCAUGCCCAAGUGCUUUGGCUCUCGCUUGUCUUAAUACAUUGCAAGGGUUGUAAAGCAACGCCUCUACAGUGUCGUGGGACGCAAGUAUACACAUUUGUACACCUGCUGCAGAAAGCCUACUGUUUAGAAGUUGAACAUAUCUUGACAUAAGUGUGACUUAACAUAGAAAGCCAUGUCAACAGGUCUGAGCCAGCAGUAUCACAAGGCAUGUACUGAACUAAACCAAGCUGUUAAUCCUGUUAUUGCGGAAAUGCUUCUACAAGCAGAGCAACCUGGACAACAUAUUUCUUCCCUAAAUAUCUGUGGAAAUAAUCAAAUGCUGUCGGGCAAGCGAAUUACAGAUGAAGAUUUCCUUGUCAUUUCUCACAUAUUGAAACAAAGCUGUUAUAUAACAAAUCUUGAUUUGAGGUUCAACAAAUUGACGGAUAGUGGUGCUGUACACAUUGCAAAAUUUCUUCAGGAUGAUUCUUCUCUCUAUCAUUUAAAUCUUAUGGGAAAUGACAUUGAAACAGAAGGUGCUGAACAAAUUGCUAAAGCCUUACACAGGAAUGACACACUUUGAAGCUUAAGAAUGACAGGCAACAAAAUUGGAAACAAGGGCGGGAUGUUCUUUGCAUCCAUGCUGCAAAUUAAUUCCACUCUUGAGCAGCUGGACCUUGGAGACUGUGACUUGGGUAUACAAAGUUUAAUAGCAUUUGCCACAGUUCUACAAUACAACAAAUCGAUAACGUCUAUAAAUCUAAACCGCCCUUUAUUCUAUGUGCUGCAGGAAGACACAAUCAUUCAUAUAUCUCUGAUGCUGAAAGUGAAUGAUACUCUGAAGGAGCUCCAUCUCUCUAAGCAUGAGAUGACAGAUUCUGGAGUGGAGCGUCUGUGUGAAGGCUUAUAUGAGAACGGCACUCUGAAAUAUCUUGACCUAAGCUGCAAUAAGAUAACGUGUGAUGGUGUUAAGUGUUUGGCCAAACUUCUGAAGACAAAUACAACACUAGAGGUCUUAGACCUGACAUCAAACAGGAUGGAGGAUGGAGGUGCAAUCUACCUUGCUGAAGCCAUUCAUUCGUCCAACAGCAGCCUCAAAGCAUUAGCAAUUGUGAGCAAUAAUAUCACUGGACAAGGUCUCAAGGUCCUGGCAGAUGCAAUUAAAGCAAAUAAUAGCCUACUGUACAUCUACAUUUGGGGAAAUGUACUUGAUGAAGACGCUUGCAUGGCAUUUUCAAACCUUCUUUCUAUUGGUCGUCUCAGUGCCUCCUUGACAGAUGUUCGGCCAUAUACCGUAGAUGGACAUAUUUAUCUUGCAGAACUUUUUCAUGGACUGAAGAAACAUUAUUACUGGACUCCAAGUAAAGGUUUUGCAGAUGACCCUGUCUGCAAUUCCAGUCUCACAAUAACAAAUGAUUAUUAAAGUGAGCACGUAUUGUAUCAUACAUUUCACAUAACCCUGAAUAUUUGUUUAACUGCAGAGUUCUGUAAUAAAAUAUUUUAACACUUUUA